CCGCUUUUGUUUUUACUUUAUAUUAAUGAUUUGCCAAAUGUCUGUAAUAACGCCAAAUUUCUUCUGUUUGCUGAUGACACAGUUGUGAUAUUUGAUAAUACAAAUACUGCAAACCUACAAAAUGACCUUGACGCACAACUUCCCACCUUAUGUGAGUGGUUGAAAGCAAACAAACUCUCAUUAAAUACAAAGAAAACCGUUUAUCAACUUUAUAGCAAAUCACAUACCAAUGCCAAAAUAAAUGUUACUUUGAACAAUGAUGAUAUUCCUGCUGAAGAAAAAGUAAAAUAUCUUGGUGUGAUUAUUGACCCUCACCUAAAUUGGAGUUAUCAUAUAAAUCACUUGAGUUCCAUCAUCAGUCGUAACAUUGGCAUGCUAAAUAGGUCCAAAUUUUUCCUUGACACUAAUUCACUGAAACUUCUAUACAAUACACUCAUCCUGCCCUAUCUCAAUUACUGUUGCCUCGUAUGGGGAUUCACUUUUCCUACCUACUUGAGGAAGAUCGAACUCCUGCAAAAAAGAGCUGUGCGCAUCGUUGCACAACAACAUCGGUUGGCUCACACAGAACAUCUCUUUAAAAACCUAAAAAUUUUAAAGGUAGACGCCAUAGCGAAACAACAGCUGCUUGUGUUCAUGCACAAGAAACUCUUGUGUAAUUUACCUGAGAAAUUUGAAGAUCUCUUCAUCUUUAUAAAUUCACCCACCAUAACAACCAGAAGCAGAAAUCACUUUUUUGAACCUUUCUCUGAAAAACUUUACCGGACUCGUGUAAGUACUCUGCAAGCCACUGUGCCAGUCGCCGGCUCAGCUGCUACGAUGGACGUAGAGGCGCUGAGGGCCGUGGUGCAGCGCUACCUGCGCUCCCACCUGCUGGACGCCGCCUGUUACUGGGCCGACAAGGUGUGCUCGCUGUCGGCCGACGCGCCGCAGGAUCUGGUGACGCUGGCACACUGCUACCUGCUCACCUCUCAGCCGCAGCGGGCCGUGCAGCUGCUGCGCCGCUCUGGCCGGCUCCGCGGCGACGACGAGUGCCGCUACCUGGCGGCGCGCGGCCUGUACGAGACGCGCCUGUACCAGGAGGCGCUGGCCGUGCUGCAGCCCGAGCUGGAGACAGCGCCGGGCGGGCGCGCCGCGCCGCCUCUGCUCGAUAUCACGGACGUGGCCGGCCGUGACGAGCCGGCGCACAUCCUGCUGCUCAAGGGCCGCGUGCACGAGGCGCUGGAGAACCGGCCGCUGGCCGCCGAGUGCUACCGCGCCGCGCUGAUGGCCGACGUGCUGUGCCACGAGGCCCUGGUCGGCCACCAGAUGCUGACGCUGGACGAGGAGCAGAAGCUGCUGGAGGAGCUGCCGUUCGAGCAACAGCUGCCGGCCGCCGACGCAGCCGCCGUGCGGCAGCUGUACCAGCUGCAGCUGAAAAAGUACACCGCGCCCGGCGAGGCGGACGACCCGGAGGUGCCGCCGCCGCUAACCGAAAACAAUGACGUGCUGGUGUGUCGCGCCGAGCAGCUCUACUACAACUGUGACUACGCGCAGUGUUUCAAACUGACCAGCCGUGUGCUGGAGCGCGACCCCGACCACGCGCGCUGCCUGCCCAUCCACCUAGUGUGUCUGCUUGAGCGUCGGCGCACCAACGCGCUGUUCCAGCUGGCGCACCGACUGGUGGACGCCUACCCGGAGCGGGCGCUCGCCUGGUUCGCCGUCGGCUGCUACUACUACUCCGUGGGUAAGAUGGAGCCGGCGCGGCGUUAUCUCAGUAAAGCCACCACUCUGGACCCCGUGUUCGGGCCCGCCUGGCUCGCGUACGGCCACAGCUUUGCCCUGGAGAACGAGCACGACCAGGCGAUAUCGGCGUACUUCCGCGGCUCACAACUGAUGCGUGGCUGUCACCUACCCCUGCUCUACGUCGGCCUAGAGUACGGACUCACCAACAACGCCCGGCUGGCGCAGCAGUUCUUCAGCCAGGCGCUGGCCAUCGCGCCGCGCGACCCGUUCGUCAUGCACGAGCUGGGUACGAUCCUGUUCGCCAGCCGUGACUACGCCGGGGCCGAGCGGCUGCUGACGGCGGCGCUGGAGCAGGUCCAGCACGAGUCUCAUACGGUAGCUGCCGACCGCUGGGAGCCGCUGCUCAACAACCUCGGACACACCUACCGCAAACUGGGCCGCUACUCGGAGGCCCUGGAGGCGCACGAGCGCGCACUGGUGCUGGAGCCACAAAGCGCCAGCACGUACGCCGCUAUUGGCUACACGCACGCUCUGAUGGACGAACCGGCGCGCGCGGUGGACGCCUUCCACAAGGCGCUCAGUCUGAAGCGGGACGAUGCUUUCAGCACCCAGAUGCUGGGCAGUGUGCUGGAGCAGCUGCUCAGCUCUCAGGCCGUGCUAGACUCGCCCACCGCGCUGCUGGUGCCGAUCACUGAGCGGGGCUCGCCGACGCCUGUGACCCCAGUAGUAACACCGGCGGCAGCGGCGGCCGGCGGUAGCGGGGUAACAGGGGGCGGCAGCGGCAGCGCGGGCCUCUGUACCAGCCUCAGGCUCAUGGACUCCAGUGACGAUAUGAGUUUGGAGCUGGACGAUACUAAGUAAUCGUGGAGCCUGUGAGCUGUUUGGUGUCUUGUCUUGGCGAGCUGCUGUCUAGUGACGGAGUACGAGACCGUAAUCGGACGGUGAUGUAGCCAAAACUGGAGGUGACCGGCGGCUUGAUACCUCAUCGGACACGGUAUGCCGUGAUACCACGGCGGCGUGAUGAGCCGUGGUACAGGAUCAGGAUGUGAUGCGGCGUGAGCCUGUGAUACGGGAGACCACACAGCGUCUCGGAUUGUCCCUUGGCCGUUUCACUGAACUGCCUGUCUGGGUGGAAGUUACAGACACUGGCAGUUCUGUGGACUGCCUGUCUCGAUCGGGGGUCGUCCGUUCGGACGGCCAUAUUCAGGUGUUAACAUUGUGUUCAUGAAUGUAUCUCGCUACGCUCAUGCCAUUUCGAUGAAUGAAAAGUGCUAUUGCCAUCAAA